AUGAAGGCUGCUUGUGGGGCCCCUUGGGGGCCUCCCAAGUGUUUGUUUUUUUUCCUUUUUGUCUCCUCCCUUCUCCUCUUUUGUCCCUUUCAGGUGUAUGGGCACCGUCUUCUUACUCGCAGUAGCCCCUUAACACCUUCUGAUCCUCCAGCUGCCCCAGAAGCAGCUGCAACUUCAGGUACUUCUGCAUCGACUGGAGUUGCAGAGGGGAGCGAGCAUCACCAGCACCAGCAGCAGCAGAAGCAGCAACAUCACCAUCAUCAGCAGCAGCAACAGCUAAGCUCUCCUAUUUCAAUACAUAGCGAGGGAUCUUCUUCGGGGGGGAAUGCAUCUGCCUCAUCCCCACGAGACGAACGAGGAAGUCGGGAGCGUAAGCCCCACCAUGACCAUCAUGCAGCAGCAACAGCAGCAGCAACAGCAGCAAAAGAAGCAACUGCAGCAACAGAAACAUCAGAGAACAGCCUUCAUGAUCGCCCCGACAUGUCGGCCCAAUCUCCCCUUGGUCUUGACGCCUCCGAGCAGCAAACAACGGCUCCUACUGGAGAAAACAAUCGAGAAGUAGGAGGAGGGGGCCCCUCCGUACAGUCUGGAGGUUCCUCCCAACAAAAACGGGGCCCCCCAUCACAUAAAGGGGGCCCUCAUUUAAAAAGCCCUGCUGCUGCAGACACACACGCAAAAAAGGGGAUCCCACAGGCACCGAAAUCGGGAUCGGGAUCGGGAUCGGGAUCGGGAGUAGGAUCGCGAGGGUCCCAGCGGAUCUUCGGGAGGCAAACGCAAGGUAACGUUCGUGGGGCGUCUCAGGAGGAGACAGCAGAGAAGGGCCAACAACAGCAAGAAAGCCAGGCUGCUUCUACUCCUGCUGUCUCUUCACCAGCAUCUGGCGACGACUCCGGAGGGCAUCGUGAGCCACAAGAGGUGGAAGAAGGUGCUCCUCCUCUGGGGCGGGAGACGGGAUCGAGUGGGGGAUCGGAUCCCAUUAAAGGCCCGUGGAAAGUGUUGGAGCCGGACGCAGUCCCAACAGUAGAGGAGCAGCUGGAGGCCUUCAACGCAGCAGGAGGAGCAACAGGAGCAGGAGGAGGUGCAGCGUCUGGAGAUCCGCCACAGAGCGUGAUGAAGCCUCCUUUAGACAAUUCUGAAUAUGCUUCCUUUCGUGUUGAGGACUUGGGGCUUUCGGGGUUUGCAGGAGUAGAUCUGUCGCAGGAGAUAGGCGCCUUUGCAGUAUCUGUGGGGUGCGGGUACUUCAACGACCCACGGGGCUUGCCAGGCCUAGCGCAUGCACUGGAGCAUGCAAUUUUCUUAGGGAGCUCGAUGCAGCCGGAUUUGAAGGGGUGGGAUGAGUUCAUUAGCAGCAGAGGAGGGACCCACAACGCUCACACGAAGCCCGACACCACUACUUUCUAUGUCUCCGCGCCCUCAAAACACCUCGCAGAGCUCUUCAGUGUCUUCCUUGAUCACAUCUUCCAUCCCCUUCUGCUAACGCAGCAAAUGCAGUCCGAGGUGAUGGCUGUACAAUCAGAGCACGAUAAGAACACGCCAGACUUGGAGAGGGUGGCUCUGCACCUGGCGCUGCAGUACUUGCCGGACUCGGGGACAGAGGGGACAGGAGGCAGUGGAGGAGACAGCGAUGGAGACAGCGCAGGAGACACUUGUGUGUCUCCUGUCUCCGGCAAGUUCGGGACCGGCAAUUUGGAGACACUUUGCGAGCGCCCGAGACGCGAGGGAAUCGACGUGCUGGCCUCGAUGAGGCGCCUUCACAGCAAGUGUUAUGUGCCUGAGAACAUGGCUAUCUCCUUCAGGAUGGGCCGCAUUGAAGGAGAUUCGCAGCCGCAGCAGCAGUACGGGUUGUGGGAGGUGAUUGAGUUGAUUUCUGCUGCUGUUAGGGAAAGGGCUUCAAGUGCUUCACCUGAGGCACCGGGGGCAAGUCUCCUGCAGCGUCAGACAGUCUCCCAGAAGGAGGAGACGCAUAAGGAGGGUCCUUCUGAGGCCCGUACAAGCACAAGCACACCCGCGGGAGCACACCAGACACUCCGCGAAGGAGACAAUCCCCAGGCUGCAAGUCGCGAUCCCACGAGAGACACAGCUGAAGACGAUGGCGGCGAGAAGGAACUUCCUGAGGGAAUCAUACUGAGCCUUAAGCGCGAUCAUGGGUGGCGGAGGCGACUGUUUGUCUUCUGGAGUGCCCCUGCUGACUUAGAGGCAAACUUGGUGGACCUACAGUGCCAGCCUUCAUCAUUGCUGCAGUACCUCCUCGAGCACCCCGUGAAAGGGGGUCUCCUGCAGCUCCUUAAGGAGAAGGGAUGUUUUGGGCUGCAUUCGUACAUGCAUGCAUGCGCUGCAGGCUACAUAUCGAGGGGGGAGGCGUUCACGCACAUGACGUUGCGGAGUUCCAUUGUGGGGCUUUCCUUGGAAUUAACCGAGGAGGGGGAAUCAAACGCGGAUGCGUUGUUGGGUUUAGUGCGCGAGUUUGUGUUGAAGGUGACGGAGGCGGUGGCCAAGGACUCGUUUAUACUGGAUCACUUUGACGUGUACGGCAAGCUCAGCGGUCUGCUCUGGAGUGCCUCCGACCCUCUUGGGCCUCUUGAUCAGGUCGUGGCAACUGCAGAGACGACGCUACAGUUCCCGAGCAGGCCGGACUUGGCUUUGGGAUCGGGAUUUUGUCUGUCUCCUCCUCCUAAGGAGACACUGCUGACCGAAGUGCGUCGCCUGGCUCGCGCACUGAUCUCCAGCAAGCAUGUGGUGGUGCAGGUGUUUGCAAAUGAGAAGGGAGAGGCGUCGGGGUCUCUAAAAGAGUUGAAUGAGUACGGCGUCAAAUAUUCUGUCUCCACCUUGCCGUGGGAGCAGGGGGCCUCAGGAGAUACCUCUGAGGGGCCCCACAAGGGCCCCCACCCGAUAGUUCCGAGUCCCCUCUCUUGCCGAGUGACCCAGGGGCCCGUCGUAAAGCACCCUAUCCCUGACGUCUGCCAAGCGACGGGGGCCCGUUUGCCUACGUUAGCGUCAGAGGAGGAGACAGGACAGCAGGAGCAGGAGCAGCAGCAGCAACGAGGCCUUGCUCCGCCUCCUUGCGUGCUUCUCUCUAGCGACAGCACUACUAUCUUGUGGCACAAUGGAGAGCCUUUUAACAAGCCCAUCGUUCGUUUCUUCGCAAGAGCUCGAGUGUCUUCUUCCGUCUCCACCGCUCUUCAUGAUGCUCUCGGUAAAAUAUUUACACUCAUUUUAGCAGAAAAAGCCAAACUUCACCUCGCCAAAUACCACGGAUGCGGCGUGGAUCUCGUCAUCGCCUACACAGGAGCAUCGCUGAUCUUUGAACUGCAGACUUUGAGCUCCUUGUUUGAAGAGGUGACGGAAGGUUUGGGUUUGAUUUUCAAGCAAACGGUGGCAGAGAUCACGGAGGAGGAGUUUGACAAGACCGUUGCUCAACUUCUGGAGACGACGAGAGACUUCUCAGGCUCGACAGCGUACGAACUGGCGCUGGACGUGGCGUUGAGUCUUUUGCGGGAAUAUCGCUUUUCGCAGUUUGACAUGCAGGAGCAGCUGCAUUCACCAGAAUUGAAUUUUGAAGCAUUUCAGAAGUUUGUUUCGGGGGCACUUCUACGCACUGCAGUGGACUGUCUCCUCAUGGGAGACAUCGCCCCCAGCAAAGCCACAACCGUGGCGCUUAAGUUCGUAGACAGCAUCCGCAGCCAGCCCCUCCCGUACGAGGAAGCCGCUAGCAGCAAGACUUUGAAUUUAGUUAGGGACGUGGAGGUGUCUCUACAGAACCCAAUCCCCGGGGACGUGAACAGCGCAUUUGUAUCUCUUUAUGUGUCUGAGCCGCCAGACGUCCUCGAGUCUGUCAUAUAUAGCACCGUGGGGGAGAUGAUAAGGGCCCCCUUCUUUGACACUCUCCGCACCGUCAACAUGGAUGGCUACGUCGCCUCAGCUGGUGUCACAGAACUUCCCCCAGUCAGUGCCUUAAGUACCAUCGUGCAAAGUUCCGUGCGAACGCCGGCGGAAUUGGAAGAGCACGUCUGCGGCUUUCUCCAUUUAAUGGGCGGUCUUUUAGCAGGUGCCCUCAGCCCCGCCGCAUUUAAAAGCAAAAUGAAGUGGGAGGGACGCAGCCACCUAGAGCGGGAGCAGGCCACAUUUGGCGACUUCUUUUCAGGAGCGGUCGCUCAAGUUUCUACACGCAGCUUCUGCUUCAUCAAAUCCCAAUUGGCAGCAGCUGCAUCGCAGCACUUUAUGCAGUGUCCCGAGUCUUUGGGAAGGUACUUCAACAAGUUGGUCUUCGGGCCGUCGAGGCAACGAAUCACUGUAAAGAUCGAGGCGGCAACAAGGGAAGAGAGCGUCUCUUCCCCCACAGGGCAGUCUGAGUGCAUCUUUUUGGGCUCGAAUUCUGUUGCAGGGGCCCUUGAGGGUCCUCGGGGACCCCAAAGCCCAGUGGCGGAGGGCCCCCUCGAGCAGCCAGGAAAGCAGCGGCUGGGGCCUCUUGUCGAGAGCCUGCAGCCCCGUAGGCCCACGACAGAACUGACUGAAGACGCAGGAGACGGUCGAGCUCCAGGCGAGGGCCCAGCGCCUACUGGAGCCACCGAGUCGCCGAAGAGUCCCGAAAAGGGCCUGGCGACCUCACAGGAGGGAGAGGAGACUGGCGAUACCUCCAGCCAUGGCCUACAACGCCCUGGAGACAGCCACAUUGUCACCGUGGGACUUUCUGCUGAUGCAGAUAUGCUCCCUGCAAGUGCUCGGCGCUCCCAAAAUGAGGAAGAACAGGCGCUGCAGAAGUGCAGUAGAAGCGAUUCAAACGCCUCAGGGGGGACUGUGAGACUGACGAAAUUCGCCGAACAUCCGCAGGAAGAACGGCAGCGGCUGCUGCAGGCUCUCAGCGAAACGCUGGAGGGGCAGAGAGACGAUUCCAGCGGGGUCGACCCCGUUUCCUUGUGGACGGAGUUUGUGUUUGCAAAGCACUGCACUAUCCGUGAGGAGACGAUCAAAACAACCGCUACUUGUGAGGCGAAUUCUAAACUGCUAGUCAACCAAAUUGCCCAAGAAGGUGCGGGGUGGGGACAGAUACCCUCUACAGGCUCAGCCCCCAACGCAGGCAGUGUCUCUCCCAACACAAGCGCAGAUACGGAGGAUUUGGCUGCACCACCUGCUGCAGCAGCACCUGUUGCACCUUCUGCCGCAACAGCACCUUCUCUGCCAACAUCUCUUGCAUCACCGCUUCCUACAGCGUCACCUGUUGCAGCACCACUGCCUGCAGCGACACCUCCUACAGCACCACCUGCAGCAGCGGCACCUCCUGCAUCAGCACCUGCUGCAGUACCACCCGCUGGAGUAACGCCUGCUGCAGUAACACCUGCUUCAACUGCACGUGAUGGAGCAGGGCUUGAUGCAGCAUCCGGGCAAAGCCAACCAGUUGGGACCUCUCUUCAACUUCAGGCUCAAGUGGCAGAGCAGCAACAGCAGCUUUUGCUGUUGCAUGAACUGCAGCAGCAGCAAGCAGCUGCGCAGAAGCAGAUAGCAGCGGAGCCACGACCGACAAAAGAUGGCUCAUUUUUGGCGCCGCAGGCUUCGACGCAGAUGCCUUUAGGGACCGUCCAGCAGCAGGAGCAGGAGCAACAGAGGCAGCAGCAACAGCAACAGGAAGUACAGCAGCAGGUCCAGACGGAGUUGGCAGCAGCUGAGAAGCAGCUGAGCGCACUGCAUGCUGCGUGGGUCUCGCUGCAGCAGCAGCAGCAACAGCAACAGCAGCAGUUGAUGCAGCCAAGAGUGGCUCUGCUGCGAAGGUAUGGGACUCAACAGCAGCAGCAGCCGCAACAGCAGCCAAGGCCGAAGUAUCGACGCAGCUCUAAGCACAACGGGCCAGUGGGAGCAGGGCACAAGACAUCGCCUUCCAUCUUCUUCAUGUCUCUCGUGGUGCGAAUAAUGCCUAGAUCUGUAGUGCAAGGACUUGAGCACAACCUACAGGCUGCGGGGAGCAGCUGA